AUGGCCAUGGGGGAGAAGAAGAAGAACAAGAAGAAGUAUCUGCUGCCCCGUCCCCGCAUCUCAUACACACCUGCAGGCCAAGCUCUUGCUCCCAAGACCCGUCUUGCCGCUUUCCGCGGUGAUCUCGCCCGUUUCCGACCAGCUCAACCGACCUGCAUGCCGUCAUGGUCAUGGUCAUGGUCAUAUACCACCCGCCUGACUUGUACUGACUUCCGCCUCGGCAUCUUUUCCCGUCCCCUUCUGCAGCGCGACUGUUAA